CUUGAAUGCUAGAGAUAUGUUGCCUUAUAGAAAAAAUGUUCAACAUUCUGACAUUUUGAAUUUUCAAGGUGUUAUGCAUUCGCCAGAAGAUAUUGCUCGUUAUUGGAAGAAAGAUUCACGAAUGUGGCUUUGGAAAUCUGUAAAGCUUAUGCGAAGAAAGAAUAAAUUAAAAUCAUCUAAUAUGUGUGCAAUAAAUAUAGAAAAGGAAGAAGAAUAAUAAUUUGAAUAUUAUCUACAAUUUCAUAUAUAAAAUUCUUUACAUUUGAACCGCUGUUUUAAUCGUUCAUACUAUUACUUUAAAUUGAUUAUAUUUUUCUAUCAGUGUAUAUAUUUUCUCUCUAUA